AGUACAAUACUAAGGACAUUUUUCAUUCAAUAAAUACAACCCUACUUUUGGAUCCAAAAGUCAGUGUGAUUUAUUUCGAGUUGUUGAAAGCUGCAAAAAACGGAUCCACUGCAAUUAAUUUAAACUCAGAACUUUAACUAGCGUUAAAUAACAAAACAGUAAAUAAAAUGGCUGAACAUAAAGAAGAAGUUGUAAUAUCAGGUAUUGGAGGAUGCUUUCCAGAAAGCAAUAAUAUAACUGAAUUGAGUGAUUUGUUAUUCAACAAAAUAAAUGGAGUCACAAUUGAUUCAAGGAGAUGGAAACCAGAUCAACUAAGUGAAAUAAAUGGAACUGGAAAAAUAAAAAAUAUUGAUAAAUUUGAUGCCACAUUCUUCAGCGUUCAUCCAAAACUUUCCAAAGUUAUGGAUAUAAUGACAAAAAUAUGCUUAGAAAGAUCAAUUGAAGCCAUUAUCGAUGCCGGUCUGAGUCCAGCGGACUUGCAUGGAACAAAUACAGGAGUAUUUAUGGGAUCUGAAAUUAGUGAAAAGGACUCGUUAACCAUGGGUAAUGAUACUAUAGGAUUUGCAAUGUUAGGUGUUAGUAGAACUAUGCAAGCAAACCGGCUUUCUUUCAUUCUUAAUUUAACAGGACCGAGUUUUUCCAUGGACGGAGGAUGGAUUUGUGGCUCAGACGGUUUGAAAAAAGCGAAAGAAAUGAUUGAAAAUGGCUUAUUAUCAUCUGCGAUUGUCGGGGUUACUAGUCUGACUCUUCGACCUGAAUUACAAUUUCAAUCUCAAGGUUUGAAUAGAUUAACCAAAAGUGAUCAAACUAAAUCAUUCAGUUCAGACGCUGACGGGUACAACAGAUCAGAAGCUUGCAUUGUUUUGUAUCUUCAAAAGGCGUCUGAAGCGAAGCGAUCAUAUGGAACAUUGUUGAAUGUAAAAUCGGUGCAAUUUGGUAAUCAUGAUGGAACAAUAACCGACCAUGAUGGAAAUCACUUUAAAUCAUUACUAUUAGAUACUUAUAAAGAAGCUAAUAUAGAUCCUGCUACAGUAGAUUUCAUAGAAGCCUAUGGAUCAGGAAUUAAGAGUGAAGAUGCUAUGGAAUUAAAUGUUAUGGAAGAAGUGUUUUGUACGGAAAAUAGAAAAACACCGUUAAAAGUAGGUUCCGUGAAGAGUAACGUAGGUCACUGUGAAGUGUCUAGUCACUUUAUGUCAAUUGUAAAAGCCAUCAUUACGCUGGAAAGUGGAUACAUACCACCAAACAUAAAUUACACAGAACGAAAUAAUAAUGUGGCAGCGUUGAAAAAUGGAAAAAUUCAAGUAAUUACUGAAAAAACUCCUUUUGUUGGAGAUAUCAUCGGAAUCAGUUCAUUUGGGUUGCCAAAUGCAUUUAGUCAUGUAAUUCUUAAAAAAAAUAAUAUCAUUAAUAAUAAAAUUGUGGACGUCCACAAUUCUACCAAUAUACCACGAUUAAUACUAGUAUCAGGACGAAAUGAAGAAAAUGUUAAAGAGACAUUAGACAAGAUUAAAAGUCACGGAAACAAUGCUGAGUUUGUGUCAUUAACUAAUGACAUAUUCACUAGAAAUAUCAAUGCCCAUUUCUUUAGAAGUUUUAGCAUUUUCCCUAAUCUGGAUGAAUCACGAGUAGAUGAUGUUUGGAAUGUUAGUUUAAAACGUCCAGUAUGGUUUAUAUUCUCUGGUAUGGGAUCACAAUGGCAAGGAAUGGGCACAGAUCUUAUGAAACUUCCAAUUUUCGCUGAUGCUAUCAACAAAUGUGAUAUUAUACUAAAACCACGAGGAGUUGAAAUCAAGAAUAUUCUAACAGAUCAAAAUCCAAAACUUUUUGACAACAUUCUUAAUUCGUUUGUCGGAAUUGCUGCGGUUCAGAUCGGAUUAGUAGAAGUGUUGAGAGCAUUAGACAUUACAACCGAUGGGAUCAUAGGCCACUCGGUCGGAGAAUUGGGAUGUGCCUACGCAGAUGGUUGUUUUACAGCUGAAGAAAUGAUAUUAGCUGCUUACGCCAGAGGUCGAGCUUCUCUUGAAACAGACUUUAUUCCUGGAAUGAUGGCUGCCAUCGGACUUGGGCAUGACCAAAUCAAAGACAAACUUCCUCAUGACAUCGACGUCGCUUGUCGUAAUAGUUCCACUAGCUGUACAAUAUCGGGUCCAGUUGACAGCAUCAAUGCAUUCGUGUCACAAUUAAAAUCCGAAGGUGUCUUUGCAAAAUCCGUCAACGUUGCUGGUAUUGCAUAUCAUAGUAGAUAUAUUCAAUCCGCUGGCCCGACUCAACUUAAAUAUUUAAAAGAUGUGAUCAAGGUACCAAAGAAAAGGUCUUCUAAAUGGAUCAGUAGUUCGUUGCCAGAAGCAGAAUGGGGGUCUGAACUUGCAAAAUAUUCUUCUGCAGAAUAUCAUACAAACAAUCUAUUGAGUAGUGUUUUAUUCGAAGACGCUCUAAAACACAUACCAAAAGACGCAAUUACCAUUGAAAUUGCACCCCAUGGCCUACUUCAAGCAAUUAUAAAAAAUGCAUUACCUGAAACAGUGACCAAUAUUUCACUGACAAAGAGAAUGUACGGAGAUUCUGUUCGAUUCCUACUUACUUCUAUUGGGAAAAUGUAUAUUAGCGGAUUGAAUCCCAAAAUAAAAGAACUUUAUCCAACGAUAAAAUAUCCUGUUAGUCGUGGAACACCUUCAAUUUACGGUUUACCGUUUUGGGACCACACUGAAAAAUCGUCUGAAUUAUUCCAAACAUCUAUGAAUGACCGAUCAAGUGAACACAUUUUUUCAUUAGUGCUCAAUGAUGACAUACAUUUAGUUAAAUACCAAAUCCAUGGACAGCAUAUAAUACCAUUUUCAGUUAUAUUAUUUAAUGUUUGGAAAACAUUCAUUGAAAUAAACUCUAUAAGUUUAAACGAAAAAUCGAUUCAAUUUCAAAAUCUUCGGUUCAGAAAUAAUGUCAAAAUGCAUCCAACUGAUUCCUCUGAUUGUUAUGUAAUGAUUCAAUUGGGAUCUGGUGUUUUUGAGUGCAGUAUUGACGAUGAGCUAAUUUUAUCAGGCGAAAUAAAAUUUUUAAAUGAUAUAACCUUAGGUUCAACUGAAGAAAAAUCAGUAUACUUAGACCAAACCCCAGACGACUUCUAUGGCAAUGUAUCGGAAAAUGAGAUAAAUUCUAUUUUGAAAAAUAAUAGAUUCAAUUUGGGAUUCAAAAACAUUAAGAAUUUCAAAAUUUUUAAGAAUAAAAUCCAAGGUUCCGUAAAAUGGGACAAUGAUUGGAUUUAUUUUUUGGAGGGUUUAUUUAAGUUUCCAUUUUUAGAACAUUUAGGCACAAAAACUAUAGAAAUUCCAGUUUAUAUAAGAGAAAUGUGUAUAAUUCCUUCAUUAUUUGAAAGUCAUUUAGAGAAAGAUAUAGACGUCAAUUACAACAAAGUAACAAAUGAAGUAACUUGUGAUGGAAUUAAAAUAAAAGGUGUCAAAAACGGAUCUAUAUCAUUACCCGUACUUAAAUCUACAGUUGUAAAAUUGCAAGCAAAAUCUUUUACUAAAUUCAACUACUUAAAAUGCAAAAACAUCAGUAAUUUCGUUCGUGAUUCUAUUGAUAUAAUUAUGGAGACUGAUCAGUUAAAUAUCGAAACAUCUGGAAAAAUUAUUCUUAGUAGUCCAUACCAUUAUGACGAUCCAAUAGCUAAAGUAUGUACAAAUGAAAUCAAAGAAAUAGUGGAAAACAAAUUAUCUAUGAAUAGUAAAAUAAUGAACUGGGAAAAUAUUAUGGAAGUAUCAGACUUUGAUGAUUCUGGAAGUUUUAUCACGGUGUCAAAUGUAAAUUAUUUGCAAGAUACAACGAGAGCAUUAGCCAAUAAAAAAAAUAGUUUCAUUAUUGUAUGUUCUUUAAAAAAACUUCAAGAACUCAAAGACUGGAAAAUAAUUACACAGCAAGAAUUCGACGAUAACAACUGUUUAACAUUGAUGAAAAAGAUAAUAACAUUAGAAGAAAAUAGCAUAUUUAUUAAACCAACCAAUGAUAAUUACGACUUCAGCAUAUGGAGAUCAUUAGAGACAUCUAGCUCAUCAACAGGGAAGAUUUAUUUAAUUUUAAAGUCUGAUCCAUUAGAAGGCAUCACGACUUAUGUUAGAGAGAUGUUAAAUAAGUAUAAAUCAAAUAAAUUAAGAUUUUUGUUCAUUUUGGAUAUAAACGCGCCAGAAUUUGAAUCCAAUAAAUCAUUUUAUGCAACUCAACUAUCGAAAAAUUUAUUAGUUAAUAUCUAUAAUAACGGCGAUUGGGGUUAUUACAAAAAAAUUGUUAUUCAAGAUUUAAAAGACAAUAUGAAGGUCAAUGAAAACCUAGUAUUUAAAAAUGUACCUAAAAAUCAUAAAAAUAAAUUGACAAUAAAAUAUCUAGGGUUAAAUUUCAAAGAUUUAGUUGUUGAAGAAAAUACAGAAAAUAAAUUUGGACCAUGGGAAUACUCGGGACAUAUUGAUGAUAAAACUACAAUGGGAAUCACCUCGAUCAAUGAAAUAUCUUCUCAAAUGAUUUAUGACCCUGUAUUAUCAUGGCCUGUACCAUCGAUAUGGUCAUUAGAAGAAGCAACCACUGUUCCUCUGGCUUACGCUAUGAGUUAUUAUGUGUUCAAUGUAUUGAGUACGCUUAAAAAGAAUAAUACUGUUUUAGUAACCUCGGGGUUGCAUCCAAUAGGUCAAGCUGCUAUUUCGAUAAGUUUAGACAUGAAAUGUGAGACUUAUGCCAUUGUGGACUCGGACCAACAAGCUGAUCGACUUUCUUGUAUCUUCCCAGGGCUAUCAAGAUCAAGAAUACUUAUAAAUAAAAAGAACACAUUUGAUAUUCAACUAAAAAUGAUUACCAAGUCCAAGGGUAUAGAUUGCAUAUUGAACAUUUUGAGUGGUAAAUCAUUUUAUGCUGCUCUUGGUGCACUUGCUAAUUUUGGAAAUUUCUUCAAUUUUUCAAAAUCAGAUAUGAAAGAACAGAGAUAUUUGGGUACUCGAAUAUUCCUGAAUAACAUAUCGUUUUUUGCUGUCGGUUCAAAUACGUUGUUGAAUGAAAGUGUUGAAAAUAAACAAAUUGUACAACAAGCAUUUAUGGAUGGAUUGCAUAAAGGCUUGAUAAAACCUUUUCGUAGCCAUGUUGUAACUACGUCAUUGAGCAGUAGUAACAUGUUUGACAUAAUGAGAACUAACUCUGCAUUGAUUACGUCUGGAAAAGUGGUAUUGUCGAUAAACGAUAAUAAAAAUAAUGAAGAUAGUUCUAAAUUAAAAGAAAGAGUUGAAUGUAACACGUAUGAAUGUCAUCCAGAUAAAAUAUACCUAAUAGUUGGAAAUAGAGGAGAUUGGCUGGACCUCGCUGAAUGGUUGGCUGAACGGGGUGCUCAAAAAAUCGUAAUCGUUGUGAAAAGGUGCUUAAUGUCAUCAACUGUUUGUAGAAGAUUUGAUAAGCUCAUAUCCCGAAACGUAUCUGUACAAAUCGAAUCAGAUUUACACUUAAAAACUAAAGAAGAAUCGAGUAAUUGGCUAAAUUAUUUGACAUCAUCAAAAGAGUUAGGUGCAUUAUUUAUAGUGAAUCAGUUUGACGAAACAAAAAUUAAUAAUCUACGAUAUUCUUUCGAAGAGCUUAGGAAUAAAAUAACUGCUACUCCAUUUAUAUGUAUAUUAAGUAAAGCGGACCACAUUUGUGCCGAACUUAAAUCAAUAGGUUUUAAUGCGUUAAACAUAACUUGGGACGGACUGUCUUCAGAACCGAAAAAUACCGGAAUAAUAUUGCCCUCCCUCGAUUUUCUACUUCAAAACUCAAACGCUUCAGAUUCCCAUUCAUUUAUAUGCUCCAAGAAAAACAACAAUACAUCAAAAUGGUCUUACCAAAUGAACGAUGUGAUUGAAAAUUUUUUCCCUGAUGCCGUUAUUGAACUACUUCUUCUAAAUAAUAAAAUAACAAAAGAAGCCGGAUUUAUAGAGGUUACUACAAGAAGUCCGAGGUUAUCACAAUUGAAGUCUGUAACACCAGUGUUUGUCAUACCUGGAUUAAAACCAAAACUCAUCGAAUCGUUUUAUAAACAGUUUUUUUAUCCUGUUUUUGAAGCACAAUACCCUGAAGACAUGAUAUCGAUCGAUAACUUAGCUGAAACUUUUGUGAAUAAACUUAAAAGUAUUGCAAAUCAAGGUUCCGUAUCAAUUAUUGGUGAAUCUUGGGGUGGAAUGAUUGCUCUAAAAAUGGCUCAAAUAUUGGAAUCUCAAGGAAUUCUUGUUACUGUAACAUUAUUAGAAGCUGACCCAGAGUUUUUAACUGGAUGGGCUGAACGUUUUCUGUUAAAUGAUAAUUUCAAAAAUAAGUUAAAUAAAAUGUAUAGUUCAUUCUCCAGUGAGUUUGCUAAGUCUACAGUUCAAACGAGUGACAAUGAAUUUCGGUCGAACACUAUGUCUGAUCAUCAUAAAAUAUUUGAAGAAAAAACACACAGAGCUUUAAACCUUAUUUGGUCUUUAUUACGGACAUCCUUAGAGUCUAAACCUCUGUCAAAUAAAUUGCACACGAAAGUGUUGAUAUUUAGAUAUGAAAGGAAGUUUGAAUUUGAUAGAACAAAUUUAAAUGAUUAUUGUAUUAACCCGCCAUUUGUGUACAUUAUACCUAAGCCAGAUUACAGAAGUAUGUUGGAGGAUAAGAAAACAAUUGAAGCUAUAACAAAGAACGUAACACAGCUGUAUCCAUUAGGAGUAGAAUUAUCAUUGAGUGAUAAAUAUAAACAAUAUUACUACAAUGUUGAGAAAAUUUUCUCUUACUAGAUGAGUCACUAUUUUUAAUUUUCUUACUUUUUAAUUAAAAUGUCUUAUGUGUAUUGUAAAUGGAAUGAAUAAAAGGAUUAUGUUAUGCAUCAAGCAGUA